AUGAAACCUACAGAGACAAAGCAUGCUCAAUCUUCUUCAGAUUCAAUCUUGACCCUUCCAUCUGAACUCAUCACUGAAAUCCUCUUAAGGCUUCCGGUGAAAGUCCUCUUGCAAUUCAGGUCCGUUUCAAAAUAUUGGCUUGCUUUAAUCUCUAGCCCUGAAUUUGUAAAGUCCUAUCUUAGUCAAUCUGUUAAUAACAAGGAUUACACCUACCAUAGACUUAUGUUGAGUUCUAUUAGACCUAAGAAAAAAAUUAAGGUUUGUUCCAUUCUGUCUUUACUUUAUGAUGAGUCUGUCAUGGAAGCAUCUGAUUUGGAUUGUCCCCUUAAAGACCAUUAUGUAAUUGUGGGUUCGGUCAAUGAGUUGAUUUGUUUAACCAUCGGGGGAGAAGAAUUUUUGCUAUGGAAUCCAUCUAUCAGGAAGUUCAAGAAAGUUACUGCAAAAGAUGCGCCAAAAUUUGGUCCAAAAGUAUAUGGUUUUGGAUAUGAUGAACUUCAUGAUGAUUAUAAGUUACUGCGUAUCUAUACUAUUAUCAAUGAUGUUAAGGUCGAAAUACAUAGUUUAAAGAACGACUCUUGGAGAAGAAUUGAUAAUUUUCAGGGUGGGCAUAUACAAUUUGGUUUGGCUAAAUUGAUAAAUGGGAAGCUUCAUUGGGUUACUACUGGUGGUCAUCCUUGGUGUAAUGAUGGGGACAUCAUUUCUAUUGAUUUGGCUGACGAGAAAUGGGGAAAGCUGGGAAAUGAUCUUUCCAUGAUUCGUAAUUAUAAGAGAACUCACGUGGAUGUGUGGGUUAUGAAGGAAUAUGGGGUCAAAGAGUCUUGGGCAAAAAUAUAUACCAACAAAUUUUCUCAUGAUAUUUCUAUUGUUGGUCUCCACUUUUUUGCAAAUCAAAUAAAGGUGAAGUUUUGCUUGUGUUUGGAUCAAGAUUCAUGA